AAUCAUCAAUUUCCCCCCAUUUUUAUACCGCGUCUGUUUCUAGGGUGCAUAAACAGAAUUAGGAGAGAGAGAGAGAGAGAGAGAGAGAUGGAAACAACGUCGGUGAGCGGAGGAGGGGCUGAAGCGCCGAAGAUAGUGUGGAACGAGAGGGGUCAGAGGUUCGAAACGGAGGACAAACAGGCGUACGCGGAGUACGUGGUGAGAGGCGGUGGGAAAGUGAUGGACAUAGUUCACACUUACGUCCCUUCCACCAAGCGAGGACUGGGCCUGGCCUCUCUCCUCUGCGUCUCCGCCUUCACUCACGCCCAAUCCCAUUCCAUGUCCGUCAUACCCACCUGCUCUUACGUCUCUGACACUUUCCUUCCUCGGAACCCAUCUUGGAAUUCCGUUGUCCACAAAUCCAAUAUAUGAAGCUUUCAGGGUCAAGUUCGUUAACCUGUUUGGGAUGUUUCUAUUGAAAUUAUUUUGAACCAUAAGCGAGAGGGUUCCUCUCUUCCACAAGUCGCUUUGGUGAUAUGUUGCUCGUAAUCUUUGUUUUAGUUUCUUCUUUCACCUGUAAAUUGAUGCUUGUAAUAUUUACCCCAGUUUAAAAACAGCAUACAUUUACGGACAUUCAAUAAAUAUAAAUUCUGGCAUUGAUAUUA